AUGUGCUGUGGACGUCAAGGCGGCUCCUUAUCGCCGCGAGAUCUAACCCACCGCUCCCGCAACCGCCGGUCGCCGGGCGACGACACCGAAGACGAAGACGACAGCGAAUCGGUGAUCGAAGAUCUACGCGGGAGACUCGCCGAGACGGAGGCAAGGCUCGAGCGUGCUAGGGCUCGGGAAGCUGAGCUCAGCCGGCGGCUGGAGGAAAUGAGGCGGUUUGUCUCGGUAAUGGAGAUUCUCGAGUCGUAUCUCAAGCGACGGUUCCACGAGCAACAAGAACGAGUUUCCUGUCUAUUCUCCUCUCUCGCUGCUAGAAUGAAGGGUCUCAAGCGGUGA